UGGGCCUAGGUCGAUUCGCGUCUUGUCGCAGUCAGGCGUGACCUGGAAAGCACGGCACGUUACGUAGUCGCGCGUGUACGUGGAAAACAAAGAGAGAACAAGGGGGAAAAAAAGGAAGAAAAAAAAAUUCGUGAAUUUUUCAUUAAUUAUCAUAAUACUUCUGUGUUAAGAAAAUCCUCAAUACCGUCUCGACGCGGAGUGUAUUAACGCUUACGCUCACGCGCAUAUAACGUAUCAUGUAUGUUGUAUACACUUAUCAUUACUCGCAAUACGCGCCCGUGUAAUAUCUGUGCAUAUCUCUUGACUCUGUCGUCCAUGAGUCGCGCACGACGGUGUUAUCAGACGUUGAUUUAAAGCAGCUCUGAUGCUGUCUCAUUCUUAUCUAUCUUCGAAAGUUUUGGUACUUUCGGGAAUUACGUUUUCCGCGACAAUUCAUUUAAUUUCACGUUUAACGUUACGGAUCGGAAUACUUGCCUUAAAUUUUUGCACCUCGUUGCCCUGGCGAAAUAGUUUGAAACUUAAACUCAAGGAGGAACAAGUAUAUCGCGUGCGCAUUGCGUAGGUGUUGUGUGUGUGCGAAGAAUAAUGCGCUGAUUAAGUUGAGAUCGUGUGGGGUACGGCUAAACGAACAAAGAACGAGUAAUUUCUUUCUCGUUAAUUUUCUCUAUGUAACAUCGCGAUUAAACCGCGUGUGCUAGCUGAUAACGAUCAACAAGGUGAUCGCUUGAUCGUUUUGAUAAACAGCACCACUUGCUUUUGCUUCUUUAUUUUGCGGGGCGAGCUUGGCUAAUAUUGGCGGAACGCGUUGUCUGUAUGCAUAUAUAUAGCCAUUUCUCACAGUUGCUGCUUGUGUGCGGUGUGUGUCAAAACGAAUAAAGAAACUAGUCUAAAAGUAACGCCGACGAGUGGCUCUUAACGAAGGUGCGGGAAGAAAAGUUUUUGUAUGUACCUAUAAUGUAAAAAUAUGUAAAAAUCGUCAAAUUUUGUUGUUCGAUAUACGUAAUUGUGCGCGCUAAUUAACUUUAAUCGGCUACAGCCACCACCGCUGUGAUCCGGGACCCCGAUCCUCCCAACGCGCAACGUAUAACGCCCGUAAUUCUUGCCUCUAUGCAUCUCUAUUCGGCACGUACAACGUACGGUGUACGUAUAAUAAUAAAAUACGUUGCAGGAGCGUGUCUAAUACUUCGAGAGAAGAAAGAAAAUAGAGGAAACCGAACACCAAUUGCAUACAAAGUUUAAGUCGAGUUAUGAACGGAAAAGCUGCAGCCACCAGCCUGGGCACCUAGUCGAUCCAUAGAUCAUUUCUGUCCUUCGACGCGUUGCGAUUCGGUUUGCGGAUACCUUCUCGAAGAUGCCGGCUACCUUGACGUACCCGAUCUACGCCGGGAUCGAACCACCGCCUCCUAGAAGACGAGCAAACACAUGGACCAGCACAUGGGUAGGACGACGUCGAUCCUCGGCGAGCGCGCAGGAAACUCUCGCAUCCCGAGCUGGAAGGCUCUCCCUUUCCGUCCAACCCACAACCACGGACGAGGAGGCAACGAAUAAGCUGAGGCUCAAGGUUAUAGCUGGUCAUCAACUGGCCAAAAAGGACAUAUUCGGUGCGAGCGAUCCUUACGUCCGAGUUGAUUUGAACAAGAUCAAUGGAGAUGGGAACGUCAACUCAGUGCUCACCAAGACUAAGAAAAAGACCUUGAACCCAGUUUGGGAGGAAGAAUUCAUAUUCAGGGUCAAACCAGCCGAGCACAAACUCAUUCUCCAGGUAUUUGACGAAAACAGAUUGACCAGAGAUGAUUUUCUCGGAAUGGUUGAGCUGACUUUAAUCAAUCUACCCAAGGAACAAGAAGGACGCGUCAUUCCUGCCAAGCAAUAUAUACUUAGACCACGUAGCAAUCAUUCCAGUCAACGGUCGCGCGUUAAAGGUACGCUGGAAGUGUACCACGCAUACAUUUCGGACUCAACAGGGGAGAGCAGCAAUGGCGAAGGUGAAACUGCGCCUGACUCCGGUGGUUGGGAACUGUUGGACCAGCCCGUUUCAACGUCUAAUGAUAGUCCUGUAGAACAAGCUGCUCCGACAGUAAUGGUCAAUGGGCCUCUGCCGCCUGGAUGGGAAGAAAGACAGGACGCGAACGGGAGAACGUACUAUGUCAAUCACAUAGCUAGAUUCACGCAAUGGGAACGGCCGACAGUCCUAAAUCAAGCACCAACGGGCGGUGUAACACAGGAGCAACGAAAUCUAGAUACUGCAGCAACCGAGUUCCAGAGACGCUUUCACAUCAGUGUUGAUGAUGCAGAAAAUAGGCAUAACCGAAGCUCUGGCCUUCAUCAGGAUGGUGAUGUCCCUCGAGAGGAGGACGAGCAUGCGGAAGACAAGAAUGACGAAGGUGGGGAACAAGGGGAAAGGGUGGUUGGGGAUGCUUCAUCGGAUUCCGGUCGUUCAGUCGAUCAGCACGGCUACCUGGGCGAAUCUGAUGAUCAGAGUGAGGAAGCUGCUGAUAGCCCGAAUGGUUCCAGGCGAUCCUCGGAACAGAUUGAUGGUCCAGUAGUGCCAGCGGCUUCCCCGGCCACAGCUAUAGCUCCACCGGCAGCGGCUGCUUCUCAGACACCGAAUGGCGACGGGUUGCCUUCUGGAUGGAGUAUGCAAUUGGCACCAAAUGGUAGAAUGUUUUUUAUAGAUCACAAUGAACGAGCUACGACGUGGGUAGACCCAAGAACGGGGCGCGCCAGUCCUAUGCCGAGUCACAAUGCUCCGUCAGCAACACCAAGGAGUGAUUUAGACCAGUUAGGACCAUUGCCCGAAGGAUGGGAGGAAAGAGUGCAUACGGAUGGUCGCAUAUUCUUCAUUGAUCACAAUACAAGAACCACUCAAUGGGAGGAUCCGCGAAUGUCUAAUCCUCAGAUAGCUGGACCUGCAGUUCCGUACUCCAGGGACUACAAGCGUAAAUACGAGUACCUGAAGUCACAGCUGAGAAAACCAAACAACGUGCCUAAUAAAUUCGAGAUCAAAGUGAGGAGGACGAACAUCCUUGAGGACUCUUACCGCAUCAUUAGCUCCGUAAUUAGAUUAGAGAUCCUGAAGACUAAGUUGUGGGUGGAAUUCGAAGGCGAGGUCGGUCUGGACUAUGGUGGACUUGCCCGAGAAUGGUUCUUUCUACUAUCGAAAGAAAUGUUCAACCCUUACUAUGGUCUUUUCGAAUAUUCCGCCAUGGACAAUUAUACUCUACAAAUUAAUCCGUUCUCCGGAGUUUGCAACGAGGAGCAUCUUAACUAUUUUAAAUUCAUAGGACGCGUUGCGGGGAUGGCUGUUUAUCACGGAAAACUUUUAGAUGCUUUCUUCAUCCGACCCUUUUACAAGAUGAUGCUGAGCAAAACUAUCGACCUUAAGGACAUGGAGAGUGUCGACUCAGAAUACUAUAAUUCCUUGCUCUGGAUAAAGGAGAACGAUCCAAGCGAGUUGGAACUUACUUUUUGCGUGGACGAGGAAAGCUUUGGUCACACGUCCCAACGAGAGUUAAAACCAAACGGCGCAAACAUACCGUUGACUGACGAGAACAAAGAUGAGUACAUAAGUUCGGUUAUACAAUGGAGGUUCGUGUCCCGAGUCCAGGAACAGAUGAAUUCCUUUCUCGAGGGAUUCAACGCACUUGUUCCGUUGACGCUCGUUAAAAUAUUCGACGAACACGAACUGGAGCUCCUUAUGUGCGGUAUACAGCACAUCGACGUUAAGGACUGGAAACAGAAUACGCUUUACAAAGGCGAUUAUCACGCUAAUCAUAUAACCGUGCAGUGGUUUUGGCGGGUGGUUCUAUCAUUUAGCAACGAAAUGCGCGCCAGACUUCUACAGUUUGUCACGGGAACGUCGCGUGUUCCCAUGAAUGGAUUUAAGGAACUUUACGGCAGUAAUGGCCCCCAGUUGUUCACCAUAGAAAAAUGGGGGACCCCUGAAAACUACCCGAGAGCUCACACGUGCUUCAAUCGGAUAGAUCUGCCACCGUACGAGAGUUAUCAACAGCUUAGGGACAAGUUGGUGAAGGCGAUUGAGGGUUCGCAAGGAUUUGCUGGAGUCGAUUAGCGCGGGUGUUCUCCUGCGGCGCUUAACUGCGGUUCCAUCACCGAUAUUGACUGUACUAUAGUGCGUGUAUAUAUUAUAAUGUAUGUGGGAAUGAAUGAGAGGCAGUGCACGUGUGUAUGUAUCUACGUUUAGUUAUUAUAAUAAUACCAAUUAAUAUCCAAGCUAUAUAACUGUUAACUGUAUGCGAUGCCUCAGCCGUGACCCGGUUUCACCGUCACGCCAUGAUUGGUACAAAUACCAUACCAAACGUGUUGAAACCUACCGCGUAGAAAUUCGACAAACUUGAAAGACAAAGUAACGUCACGCGUACGUCAUCGGGCACAGUUCGAAUACUUUUCUUUUCUUUUUCUUUUUAUCGCUGAAAACGUUAAGUUUCAAUAGUAACAUUCUACUUAAAGCCUGCUACUGCUAAUUGCUUUGUACUUGAUCGCUGUGGCGAAAGUCGUCUGACAAAGAGAAUAGCGUUUUUAUAACUAAAAUGAAAUUCCGUUUUGAGUGUAACGAAAUUACGUCAUUCCACAGAGUUCACUUGUUUCUGUAGCUGUAUUACGGAUCUUCAUUAUUAGAAAUCCGAAUUAUAUGUAUAGAUAUUCCAUUACUCAUUAUACCCACAUAGACGAUACCUUUGUGGCGUAUUGAUGUCGAGAAUUCGGCAUUCAAUACAUUUAUUUUUAUUGUACGAAGAGAAUGACAGAGAGAAUACCAUAGCGAUUCUAAUUCUAUAUGCAAGAUUCUUAUUAAUUGGCCCACGCUCUGAUAAAAAAAAGAUUACACUUCAAUAGAACGUUUCAUAUCUGGCGUGUGGGCCUUUUUUUUCUGUUCCGCUGUCAGUCAAUCUAUGGUGAUAGUAGUGAAACACGUUAAAAAGAAACGGAAAACCUUUCAAGUACGCGUAGCUGAAAAUCAAAAUGAUUCCUUUGAAUAACACACCAAGCCCGUUUGGGUCUAAAAAUUCAGAUUUACUUUUUUCAUUUUUUCUAAGUAAUAACAAACUAAAAAUGAAAAUCGAAUCUAUGUACCAACAAAACGUAGCCCUACCUGUAUGUAUUAUUGUAUAUUACUGAUCAGUGAUUAUAUUUCCGUCCUAUUCGCGACGAGUUCAACGAAAAUUAUGCGCAGAAUGUGAGCGUCGAUCUUGUCGCUUGCAUGGGAGUAAAAAAAAAAAAAAAAACGUUUAUCAAUUUUCAGAGUAUACAUAUUAUUUUUAAGAAUUUGUGAAAAAAGGUCCAAGUGCCUUUAAUAUAAUGAUUCAAUCAAUCGAUCAAUCAAUGGUCAACCCUGAAAAAAUUAGCAACGGUUGAACGAAAAAAAAAAUAUGUAGCCCGGACGCUUAAGAUUGGCUGUUGAGCGCGUUCGUUCUCGCGUUGAGUAUUUCGGGUGAGCUUUGAUAUAUAAAAUUAUAUUUUCUGCCUACGGAAAAGGUAAAAAGAAUAAAAAAGCAUUUCUGCUGAACACAAUCUUUAUCAAGUCAUAUAUGAAUUACAAUCGUCGACGGCGAGACCCGUGAAAGAUAUCAACCGCGUAAACCUGUAAUAUUAUUCAUUCGGUGCAACGAACGCUGAUUCGUUCUGAACGUUUUAUUUUUAUUUUUAUCCCUCUUUUGCAUCUGAAUGGCAAUAGUUGGAAUUGGCGCACUUUUUGCGACACGUGAGAAAAAACAGAAAAGGCGAUCAAAAUACCAUCGAAUUAUUGUACAUAUGUAUAUGUAUGCAAUGAAACGAGCGUUCGGCGUUGUAUGGUACACAUACCCAUACUUCUAAUUGAAAUUAUUAUUAUAAUAAUAACUAUUAUUGUACGAUUAGUUAGGACUAGAGUUUUUUUUUUUACAGAGCACCUUCUUAAAGACGCAAGAAAAAGCAAAAAAAUAAAUAAAAUAAUAUAUAUAUAUAUAUAUAUAUAUGUGUGUAUAUAUAUGUAUAUAUAUAAAUAACUAAUCGAUUAUACAUGUAUACAUAAUACAAUAUUAUGUAGGUAAAUUAUUAUGUUACUAUUUACUGUUAUUAAAAUAAUAUGGUGACGUUUUAAGUAUAGAAAACACGCGAAUUGGAGCAUAAUUAACUUGCUAUACCAUAACCGACUUUAAGUUUAGAUAUAUGUAUACAUAUGGUAUAUGUAUAUACAUACUAUAAAUAUCGUUCUUGUAUAAUAUUGUACGAAGGAAUGAAGCAUACUUGAAUAAACUUUACUGAGAAGA